ACGCACCGCUACUUCCGCCACACGCUGAGACGCGUCUUCCGGCUCGAGGGCCACCUCCACUGAUGAGGUCCACCUCCACUGGUGAAAUCCGCAGACAGCCCGCCGGGAGUUCCCGGAAGUGGCCCUGGUUGCCAGCUUCCGGUGCUGUAGGGAGCCAUGGCCGUGGUCACCUUGAUACCGACGCUGGCGCGGGUGCUGUCAAAGCAGAGCCUGCUGUCUCCUUUGUUCAGUGUGACAUCAUUCAGACGAUUCUACAGAGGUGACAGCCCAACAGAUUCUCAAAAAGACAUGAUUGAAAUCCCUUUGCCUCCGUGGCAGGAGAGAACCGAUGAAUCCAUAGAAACCAAAAGAGCCCGCCUACUCUAUGAGAGCAGAAAGAGGGGGAUGCUGGAGAACUGCAUUCUUCUUAGCCUCUUUGCGAAAGAAUAUCUGCACAACAUGACAGAGAAGCAGCUGAACCUCUAUGAUCGCCUGAUUAACGAGCCUAGCAAUGACUGGGAUAUUUACUACUGGGCCACAGAAGCAAAACCAGCUCCAGAAAUAUUUGAAAAUGAAGUCAUGGAACUGCUGAGAGAGUUCACCAAAAACAAAAACAAAGAGCAGAGACUACGGGCCCCAGAUCUGGAAUAUCUCUUUGAAAAGCCUCGUUAAGCUGUGUGCCACUGGCUGUCAUGGUGGUCAGUAUAUGGACAGAAACUGCUUCUGGUGCAGACUCUGGCUUCCUGCUCUUUCUUAGGCACUUGAACCUCUACCAGGACAAACAUAUAAUAUGCAAGAUAGCUCACUCAUUCUAACCUGCAUUUGUCUGUACAGCUCGGGUCAGACUCCUUAUCCUGCCACUAUGUGCUGUAGUACAGGCCUGCCACAAGAGGGCACUGUAGGGGAAGCAAUUCGGCUGCCUUGGCCUCAAGAGUACAAGAAAUGCAGCUGCUAUUUGAAGAGCUGCCCACCCUACACCCAGUGCCCUGGCCUUUGUUAAGGUAAAACUACCCCCUUCCAAUCUGGUAUAGUUCUUUCUGCCAGAGAGAGCCAAUCUAAGCCCCUGAACUGAGCCCACCCAAGGCACAGCAAGCUGGAGGAGGCCGCCAAGCAGGAAUGGUGUGGGUACGCUGCUGAAGUCAACAUCCUCUCAGAUUUUCUUCCCAACGUGCACUUUGUAAGCUGAAAGAUUAUUGAAUAUUGAACGAUAUCAAGAGAAGGAGGUUGAAGGUUAACAGCUGUCUAACUCCAGUUCCAAAGGAUGUUGAUGCCCUCUUCUGGUCUCUGGGCACUCAUACGCUUGUUGUACAGACAUACAUGCAGGCAAAACAUAUAGAAUAAAGUAAAUAUGGUUGGAGAUAUGGCUCAACAAUUAAGAGCACUGGCUGACUUUCCAGAGGACCCAGGUUCAAUUCUCAACAGCUCAUAAACUGUAGCUCCAGUCCCAGGGGAUCUGACAUCCUACACAGACAUGCAUGCAGGCAAAACGUCAAUGCACAUAAAAAUAAAUCAUGAAAAAAAAAGAAAAAAAUCUGGAAUUUCUUAUUGUUUGAUCUUUCUUUCUGCUAGAUGGCAGGGCUCUAACAUUGAGUAACAACCUUCACUUCUGGACUGGAAAAGAGAAGGCUAGUAAAUAAACGACAGUUCUGAGACACGA